CAGGAAAACAAGUGAGACGACGUUGGAAUUUGAAAACCAUCAACACGACCUGCGCUACUCUCUCUCCCUCUCCCUCUCCCUCUCUCUCGUCCUCCUGCUAUGUGAACCCUAUAAAUAUCCCUGCACUGAACUCACUCCCACUUCAGGCAAAGCUUCCUAAAACCCGAGCUCUCUUUGCAAAUUGACUCCCUCUCUUACUGUUUUCACUAGGAUCUUCUCGUCACAAUACAUCAAUGGCCAACAAUAAUGUCACCGGUUCUCCUCUUGAGAAAACCAGUUUGGCUUCGCUUGACCAGAGGCUGGCCAUGGCCAAACGUUGCUCUCGCGAGGGUGUAAAAGCCGGAGCUAAGGCGGCUGUUCUGGCGGGGAUAGCAACAGCCAUCCCGACCUUGGCUAGUGCAAGGAUGCUGCCCUGGGCAAGAACAAACUUCAACCACUCAGCUCAAGCACUCAUUAUCUCAACAGUUGCUGGAGCAGCCUAUUUCAUAGUUGCUGACAAGACUGUCUUGGCUACGGCUAGGCGGAACUCCUUCAAGCAAGUCCAUAACACUGAGGCAUGAAGUCAAAAACACUAGACAAGAAGCUUAUGUGGCUUCCAUUUCGAAGCAACUUGUUUCUGCGUGAACUAGAAAGCAGAGUACCACCUUGUAUCACCUAAAAAAUAAGAAUGGGUUCUUCUGCUUCAUCCUGAAGAUGAAUCUAGUUCACAUUUUAUAUCAGAAUGAAGAGCAUGAGGAUGUAUUAAGCAAUUUAGUGUAAUUCACAAUUACCAAAUGUUGUCCCUAUA